AUGCUAGAAGACAUAUCGCGGAACUUGGUGAAUGUAUGUGACUCGAUCUUAGAGCUCUCGGAAAAGACCCAGCACGGACCAUCGGACUUCUACUGUCGGAAUGGUAAAAAAUACCGACAGACAAGUGAUGGAAGCUUUUGCCGUGUUCAAAGCGAGGAUAAAUACUUAAUUGUGGGUCGAGACUACACGGACUUUGGGCAGAAUUGUUCGCUUUGCUCAAGCUACGGGAUAUUGAAGAAACAAGGCUCUGUUUUGGACGAUUACCCGGACCUUUGCCUGGCGAUAAUUUUCACUUCUCGAGAAAUCGAGUUGAACAAGUGGUAUGAUCCCAGCACCAAGAUCAAGUUUGUGGACGAAUGCAACUACAACUUCCACGGGUUGGAGGAUGAGGUCUUGGACUACAUCUCUGGAGUUUCCAAGUCGGGCAGAGAGCGGUAUGUGAAGAUGGGAUGCAAUCUUUUGGCAGCCACCAAAAUCAACUUCUACCAGUCGGAUCACCAUGUAUCCUGGCCCAAAUUGGAGGGUGAGGCUCUCCAGAGCCUGGUAAAGCAGAUAUGCCGUGAUGAGGAGGCUAUAUCCGUGAAGGAGGUGUACAAUUCACUCCGUGCUUUCUGUCAUUGGUGUUCGAUCCGGGGUGUUUUCUUCAAGUUGGGAAUCCGGGGCGUGAAUAUCGAUGACGGGCUGAAAUUCCAGUUCAGGGCGUUCCCGGAGGUCGAUGGCUGGAUUAAGGACACUAUCUACGAUCGGUACCCGGCCGGCACGUCGAAGUUUUUCAUUGUGAAAAGUGCUCUCAUGGCAAUUUCAAAGCUAACCAUCGGAAAACUGGUGGCAGUUCCGUCAGAUCUUCAGAUGGACAAUUUCUUUGCAUGCUGCCGGCAAAUAGAGGCCGACCCACUUCGCUUUCACGUGCGUGCAGCCACAUUAAAGCUUUCCGAGAGCUCGCCACUAAGUGCAUCAGGAAUGUGCGAGGAACUGCCGAAAUUAUUACAGUUUGUGUCCAUUCUAUAUCACAGUGGUCUCCCUGGUGUGAGAUCACAGUUCACUUCGUCCUCUAAGCUCACCAAAUAUUCCAAAUUGAAGCAUGCGCCUGCCUUUUCUUCCGUUUGCAGGACUGCUGCCAAGAUAAACGGGCUUUUAGACUUGAAUCCGAACUAUUCCGACGAAAAGAUAUUGGAAAUUGUCGGUGGGGAAGUUCCAUCCAGCAUCGCCAAGGUUGUUUCUGGCUGUGCUGCGAAAUACGGGUUGAAAUAG